AUAUAUAUAUAUAUAUGUGUGGGGAGUGUCAUUAUUAAGGUUGGAAAGACGGCCAAAUUAUAGAUGCAUGGUAAGAUUCUACCUUGUGUUGAAUAUGGACUCUUAUCAGUUUGGAAGUUAAUUAUAAUAUAUAUAUAUAUAUAUAUAUAUAUAAAGUAUCGUUAUUGUUUCUUGAAACCAAAAUCAUUGGAACCCUAGCUAUUAAGAAACAAAAAGCCAUGUCCAAUGAAGAGAAGAAGAACCCCCUUGAUCAUGUAUUGAGUAAUCUCCGAACCAACAUCACCAAUUUUCUCCGGAUCCCUAUCCCGAACCCGAACUCGUGUUCUUCAACACCAGCUCUAUCUGUGGCAAGAAAUGUCGAUCAAUUCGAUAACACGAAAAUUGAUUCUUCUUCGAAAAAUCUAUUGUUGAUAAAACAGCAACUGAAAAAUGUUCCAGUUUAUAGGAUGAAAUCCGGUCACGAUCAGGUUCCCUUUCUAAAAUCCGACAUUGUAGGCGACAGAAAAGCUAACUUCUUCUUUUUCAGUAAAGCAGAUGCUCACGAUUACGCGACGGUACAGAACACCGUAAAAGCCAAUGAGUGCCUAGGCAACAUUCAACUCACUAAGGUUCCACUUGCCGAGAUUAUCGAACUUGAGGAAGCAGGGUUUCAUAAGGAGAUGCCGUCUAUUUGUACUUGGUUUAUCGAAGAUGUUCUUCCUAGCGUUGCGCCUGAUAAGUUCACCGGGUAUGUCAGAGAUGCGGUUACCGAUCGACAUAUGUAUAUUAGGUUGGUUCCAGAUAUGUCUGAAGUUAAAAACGCUCUUAAGGAACGAAAGAAAGCUGGUUUUCAUAGUGAUAACUUUUCCGGGGUUCCCGUCUUUCAGUCCGAUGCUUUAAAUACGAAAGCCGAUGGAAGCUCAAGUAACCUAAGGCCUGCUUUUUUCACAAAGGCGGACCUAGAAAAAGCACUACGCGACAAAAAACGAGAUACAGACUCAGAGAUUAUACAGGUGACUGCUCUUGAAGUUAUAAUACAAGAAAUGAAGGAUUGCACAAUUUCGAAGUGGAACGAUGUCGUCCUUGUACCACCUGGUGGAAAAUUCCGAGAAAUAAUCACUAAUUUUAAUUUGUAAUUCAAUGCUGGAACAGCUUAGUAUUUAUUUUUCUAGUACAAUUUUUUUUUUUUUAUUUCUUUCAAUUAUAUAAACUAGCAUUUUCUCCCGUGCGAUGCACGUCCGAUGCACGUGCGAUGCACGGGAUAUUAUUUAAUAGUGAAAAAACUAAUCAAU